UCCAGCACCAGCACCAGCACCAGCUCGCACUCGCCCGCCCUCUCCCGCGCCAUUGAUUAACCCAAGUACGAGCGAGCAACAGCCACGCAGCUAACUCUUCCACGGCCGCAGCCCAACCGCGGACGCCGAUGGCCAAAUGCAGCAGCAAGAUCCGCUACAUCGUCUGGCUCCGGCAGACGAUGCGGCGGUGGCGGUCCCGCGCCGCGGCGCGCGCGGCGGUGGCGGCAGGGGAGUCGGUGGUUCCGGCGGGGCAUGUGGCGGUGUGCGUCGGCGGCGCGUCGCGGCGGUUCGUGGUGCGGGCGGCACACCUUAACCACCCGGUGUUCCGGGAGCUGCUCCGGCAGGCGGAGGAGGAGUACGGCUUCCCCUCCGGCGCCUGCAGCGGCCCCAUCGCGCUCCCCUGCGACGAGGGGCUCUUCGAGCACGUCCUCCGCUACCUCUCCUCCCCGUCCAAGGCGUCCCGGUCCGUGACCCUGGAAGACAUCAAGAGCGGCGCGCUCUCCUGCUGCUGCGCCGCCGCCGGCGAGGCGCUCCCGCUCCUCCACGGCAUCCCCGCCGACAAGGCGGUGUGGUGAAGCACUCCUGUUCUUUUUUCUUUUCUUUUCUUCUCCUUUUCGGUCUCGCUCCCUCCAUUUCCACUCGAGAGGAGCUGAGACGCGACGGAAACAAGCAAGAUGAGUGCGGCCGGCCGGAGGCGGUGAAGUGAGAUGGCUGAGAAAGUCUCCGGAUUUUUAGACAGUCAAGUCUAGUCAUCCAUUCAUUCCCUUGUCAAAAUCCGGGAAAAUUUAGUGGCGAAGAUUUGUUUUUUCUUUUUUUUCCCUCUCACUUAAUAAUCCUCCACUGUAAAUACAUGUACUACUGCGAUUCGGCCAGCAUUGCAAGUGAAAAUAUUCAUUCC